AUGGUGAACAGUCCUCCAUUGCCCUCUUUUAUGAAAAAGUCUGAACAUGAAAAUGAAAAUCCAUUUCGGCCAGAUGAGCAGCUUUAUCACGAGGUUGAUCCUAUUGUUGAGUUGUAUCGACAAAAACCAUUUCCGCCUUCACCCUCACACGGGUCUCCUGUACCUUCACAUCAACUAAAUUCACAACCUUCCUCCUCAUCUCAUCAGCGUUCAUCAAUUCGAACAGAUAAAGUCGCUAAUGGAGAUAGUGGUGGAGGUGGAGGUGCUUCAUUUACGGAGGCAAGACAAGAAGCUUCUACGCAUGCAACAAGCAGCAAUCAACCAUUAAUAAUGGACACUUCUGUCUCCGUGGAUGGGCUAGGGCCUCCGGGCCAUGCCGAAAUGGUACGGUUACCUGAGAAAAAGAAACGUUCCUGUUGUUCCCUUCAAUGAUGAAAAAAAAGCAAAAAUUGAUUUUUUUAAAAAGCAUCAUCACCACUUUUUUCAGCACAAAAUUUUUUCUAAAUUUUUACAAUGUAUUUCCAGUCAAAAUACCCCAAAAUUCAUACCGUCCAAUACUGCUUAAAUUUUUUGUUCAAUUUUUUUUGUUGGCUGUGAGCUCAGUUUGUUAACUUUUCAAUUUUUUUAUUU